AUGUUCGGCCUCUCAUCCUUCUCAUCUCGCAAACGCGAAAGAACGUUUCAAACCGGCACGUCAAGGGAUACCCACGGUCGCAUCAAUGCGGGUGAGUUGUACGAGGAGCGCUAUGGCGUUAAGGACUACAGGUCGAUCAACCCGUGGAUGUUCCCCGCUCGGGUCCUGCUCAAGGCGAAACGAAAAGCCACAAUAUCAAUCGGGGUUCUACACGUGAAGGUCGUGGAAGCCAGGGGGCUGAUGGCGAGGGACGGCAUGCUGGGGAAGAGUGAUCCCUACGUGAACCUGGCCCUCACUGGCAGGUAUCUAUCAACCGGCCAGGAAUGGUCGGAGCGGCUACGAAUUUGCGACCGGACGAGAACCAUCAAGUACACCCUGAACCCCGUCUGGAACGAAACUUUUUCGCUGCCCGUCAGAAGGGCCGGGGCUGUCCUUCGCGUGGAGCUUUGGGACUGGGAUCGCGGUUCGUGCGAUGAUUCGUUGGGCAGCGUCGAGGUCAGCAUCGACAAGGAACUCCGGUCACAGAAGCUGGAAGCUUUCUCAGAGAUGGAAGAAGAGACGCAAGAGGAAGAGGAAAUCGCUGUGGAUACCACGGCGGGAGGCAAAGGAGGGUCGGCCACGACCUCUUCGUUGAGAUGGACAUCUGUGCUCGGGAGAAAGGGCGCCACUGCUGAAGACCGAAUUGAUCAUGAUCACGGACCCAGGGAGGAAUCUCCAUCGUGCGAGGCCUGCAUCGAGGUUCGUCGCAAGCGGUUCGGAGAGGUGCGUUUACAGCUUCGCUUCGAGUUCAAUGAGUUUGCGGAAACGUGCAGUCACCUGUGGCCAGAAGAGCCACCGGAGCCAGCUGAGAUGACCUUCUCCCCAAACCGGGUAUACUACAACGCGAUGCUCCUCCGACAACUUGCGCAGCCGUACAUCGGCUGCAUGCAAGAAGCCAGCGCUAUUGUUCAUUGGGUCCACCCUUGGAAGAGUCUCGCCUGGUUCAUCGCGCUGGUGGUAAUGCUGCUGCACCCUUGCCUUCUGAUCGUCGUGAUCAACGGAGCUCUUAUUCGGAUUGCCAUCUUAGGGUACCUGGACCAUUUUGCUGCGCAGCGGGAAGAUAAUGAAGACGACGCGGACGUCGAAAUGGGACAUGCCGCUAAGAGUGCGGCGAAAGCUAAAGCAAAGGAAAACAUUUCCAAGAAGUCGCUGCUGCCGCCCAUUGACGCACCCGAGGAUCGCAAGAUGCAGGCGAUGUAUUUGACGGUUCGAAAGACCAAGAAGCUGCCCGCUGUCGUGGAACAGAUCGGAAGACGCACUUUCGCGAAGGCCGGUUUAUCCCCUCAGCGACAGGUGGAGACGAUUGGGAAGGCCCUAACGAAGGUCAGACGGCGGUUUCACCCCCUGAGAGCGACGCAGUGUCUGUCGAUGGUGGUGGCUCUCGCGUCCCACAUGCUUCUUCAGUUGUGGCUCUACCGUACAUCAAGAAGCGACGCCUCUUCGGCAAGACGGCAGCUUCUCCUCCGAGGCACCACCGCGUGA